AUGCUCCGCCCUGUCGGGCGCCGCUCCUGGACGUGCCGUAAAUGUCUUUUCCGGGGGCAAUCACGAGCCUUCGAAAGCGCCGCCUCACCAGCUCCCAGAUCCCACGCCGACUAUGUUCCAGCGGAUAAUUGCGCACCCAGGAAGAAUGCCGAUGAUGAGACGUUACGCCGUGUCUUCGAUUCGCAGCCAUUCUGGAGAGAGUUCUCCCACCAGCGCAGCGCGGCUCCCAAAAGGGCUGGGUUGGUUCAGAACCAAUACUUGACCAGUCCAGAUGGCUUCAGGGCCUUUGCCAACGUUUCGCUGCAGAAAUGCCAGGCGAUUGUGGCCAAGGUGCUGCAAGCUUCCACUCUGGACGAGUAUCGGAGUUUGGCACGGAAUCUCGACCGGCUGAGCGACCUCCUAUGUCGCGUGAUUGACCUCUCCGACUUCAUUCGAACGAUGCAUCCCGAUCCACGAAUCCAAGAAGCAGCGACGCAGGCGUACGCGCUGAUGUUCGAAUACAUGAAUGUCCUGAAUACGACUACGGGCCUUCAUGACCAGCUGAGCAAGGCUGUCGCGAAUCCCAUGGUUACUUCACACUGGACCGAGGCGGAGACAAUCGUGGCACAGAUUCUCAUGAAGGACUUCACAAACUCGGCGAUUCAUAUGCCACCGAGUGAUAGGCAGAGAUUUGUGAAUUUGUCCAAUGAUGUCAGCCAGGUCGGCUCCGAUUUCUUCGGCGGCGCAGAGCCAGCCAAAUCCCAGGUGGUUUUCAGCGCGAAUAGCCUCCAGGGACUGGACCCAUUGAUGGUCCAACGAAUUAAAAAGUGGAAUAAUAAAGCGCCCGUACCAACCAUGGGAAUCAUCCCCCGGCUUGUGCUACAAUCUGUCCGAGAUGAGUCUGUGCGGAAAGAGGUAUAUCUCGCCACUCGAACCUCUAGCUCUCGCCAAAUCCACCGGCUAGAGAAGCUUUUGAUGAAGAGAUCAGAGCUGGCGCAACUUUCCGGCUACAACAGCUUCGCCGAUAUGGCUUUGAGCGAUAAGAUGGCCAAGACACCAGAGGCGGUCUCCAACUUCCUGACAUCGCUGAUCUCGAGCAAUCGGGGACCCGUCAGCGAAGAGCUGGCCCAACUGCAGCAAAUGAAGGGAAGCUCGCUACAGCCAUGGGACCAUGCAUACUACGUGCAUAAGCGCGUGAUGGAGUAUUCGCAGGCUCGACGAUCUCGCGAGUUGAGCGCCGUGCCCGAGUUCUUCUCUCUGGGUACAGUCAUGCAAGGUCUUUCCCGACUUUUUGAUCGUCUCUACGGCGUACGGCUCGUCCCGCAGGAGGCUUCUCCUGGUGAGACCUGGCACGCGGAUGUCCGCCGGUUGGAUGUCGUGAAUGAGUCGGAGCAGCACAUCGCAGUGGUCUACUGUGAUCUGUUCUCGCGACCUGGCAAACACCCUAACCCUGCUCAUUUCACCCUGCGCUGCUCGCGUGAGAUAUCUGCUGAAGAGGUUGCGGAAUGCGCCUCGAUGGACCAGUCUGCUCACCCGAACGAUGGCAUGGCCACCGCGGUAGACCCACGGACAAAGACUUUACGCCAACUGCCCACCAUCGCUCUCGUGUGCGAUUUCCAGGAACCUGUCGCAAAUGGUUCUGGUCGGCCGACGCUCUUGAGCGAGCAAAGCGUGCGCACACUGUUUCAUGAGAUGGGCCAUGCUGUUCACUCCAUACUGGGACAGACUCCACUUCAGUCCAUUUCCGGCACUCGAUGCUCGACCGACUUUGCUGAGCUUCCUUCGGUGCUGAUGGAGAGCUUUGCUACUGCACCGGAAGUUCUUUCUCUCUAUGCGCGGCACUGGAAGACUGAUGAGCCCCUGUCUGAAAGCAUGAUGCGCAGCAUGGAGCAGGAUCGCACUGCACACGGCUCAAUAUAUGGGGCCGUGGAAAACGAGACACAGAUCCUGAUGGCUCUCGUGGACCAAGCCUACCACUCGAUUCCCUGCGACCAGGCAGUCCGCGGCAUUGACACUACCGACAUCUAUCACAAGGUGUUUAACCAGUAUUCCAGCCUGCCAGACCCGGAUGGCAUCGAGCCCCGGACGUCCUGGCAAGGCUUUUUCGGCCAUUUGUAUGGCUAUGGCGCCACCUACUACAGCUAUAUCUUUGACCGGGCUAUCGCCAACAAGAUCUGGCAGGAUGUUUUCCUCUCUGGAAAGGGCUCCGUCGACCGCGCCGCUGGUGAGCGGUAUAAGAACGAGGUUCUCCGCUGGGGAGGUGGCCGCACUGGCUGGCAGUGCGUAGCAGGUGUUUUGGGCGAACAUAACCCCUCCAACGCCGAUGGCCGAUUGGUUGAAGGUCGCGACGCAGCCAUGCGCGAGGUUGGCCGCUGGGGCCUCGGCAGAGAUGGCAUGUCUGGCUGA